AUGUCGUUCCUAGAAAGCACGUAUACGCUCGUGCACCAGGACAACAACUCCGAUAGCUCGUCGUCGCAGCAGGACCUCAAGAACCAGCUUGAGAAGGGCUCCGAUGAGAUCAAGAUGGAAACCAUGAAGCGAAUCUUAGUCAUAAUGUUGAACGGAGACCCAAUGCCUGGCCUCUUGAUGCAUAUCAUCCGUUUUGUCAUGCCGUCCAAACACAAGGGUUUGAAGAAGCUGUUAUACUUCUACUACGAGAUAUGUCCGAAAUUGGAUUCCAGCGGCAAGCUUAAACAGGAAUUCGUGCUCGUUUGUAAUGGUAUUCGAAAUGACUUACUCCACCCGAACGAGUUUAUUCGCGGAGCCACAUUGAGAUUUCUCUGCAAAUUGCGCGAAGCUGAGCUGCUAGAGCCUUUGCUUGGUUCCUGUCGACAAUGCUUAGAACAUAGACAUGCGUAUGUGCGCAAGAACGCUGUCUUUGCCGUCCAAUCUAUCUUCCAACAUUUCGAAUCCUUAAUACCAGAUGCGCCGGAUCUCAUUGUCACGUUCCUCCAGAAUGAAAGCGACCACACCUGCAAGCGUAAUGCCUUCGCCGCCCUUGCCGCAAUUAGCCACCAAAAGGCGCUUGAGUACUUCAAUACUAUCGUGGACAACAUCGGCGGUCUAGACGAGCUUAUGCAACAGGCAAUUAUCGAGUUUAUCAGAAAGGAUGCUGUUGUCAAUACACAGAAUAGAGCCAGAUACUUGAGAAUAAUAUUCGACCUGCUCGAAGCUCCAUCGAAUACUGUCGUCUACGAAGCUGCGACAUCCCUUACAACGCUUACCGGGAACCCCACUGCGAUCAAGGCCGCUGCCGGCAAGUUUAUUGAGCUUAGUGUGAAGGAGCCGGACAAUAAUAUCAAACUCAUCGUCUUGGAUCGUGUGGACCAACUGCGCAAGAAACACGAUGGUGUUCUCGAUGAUCUAACGAUGGAGAUCCUUCGAGUUCUUAACAGCCCCGAUAUCGAUGUUCGUAAGAAGGCUUUGGAUAUCACUCUUAGCAUGGUAUCUAGCAGGAAUGUAGAGGAUGUUGUCAUGUUGCUCAAGAAGGAGCUCGCAAAGACAGUAGACCAAGAAUACGAAAAGAAUGCCGAGUAUCGCCAAUUGCUCAUCCACGCAAUUCAUAACUGCGCCAUUAGGUUCUCGGAAGUUGCUGCUAAUGUCGUUGGGCUAUUGAUGGAUUUCAUUGGUGAUUUCAACAAUACUUCGGCUGUUGAUGUUAUUGCAUUCGUCAAGGAGGUCGUUGAGAAGUUCCCAGCAUUAAGACAAAACAUUGUUGAAAAAUUGCUUGUAACACUAGGAGAGGUCAGGGCCGGGAAGGUCUAUCGUGGGGCCUUGUGGAUUGUUGGGGAAUAUUGUGUGGAGCCCAAGGAUAUCAGGGAAGCCUGGAAAAGGAUUAGGGCGAGCUUAGGGGAGAUCCCCAUCCUCUCUUCAGAGCAGAAGCUCCUUGAGGCAGUACCCGAGGAAGGUGAACAGACUACGGCCGCCCCCAAAUCCGCUCCAACUGGAUCCCGUAAGGUUCUUGCAGAUGGAACAUAUGCGACAGAGAGUGCCUUAACCAGCGACUCUGCAACUGCAGCAAAGCUCGAGGCCGUCAAGGCUGCCCAGAAGCCGCCAUUAAGGGCCUUGAUCCUAGAUGGUGACUUCUUCUUAGCCUCUGUCCUUUCGUCUACCUUGACAAAACUUGUCAUGCGCCAUGCAGAGAUCUCGAAGGAUACUGCUCGGACCAACGCUUUGAAGGCUGAGGCCAUGUUGAUUAUGAUCUCUAUCAUUCGGGUUGGUCAAUCACAAUUUGUUAAGACGAAGAUUGAUGAGGACUCCGUCGAUCGUAUCAUGGCCUGCGUUAAGUGUCUCUCGGAAUUUGAAGACAGGAAGGAGUUGGAAACCGUGUUCCUUGACGACACUAGGAAAGCAUUCAGAGCAAUGAUUACCGCUGAAGAGAAGAAGAGAGCAGCCACAGACGCUCGUGAGAAGAACAAAAAUGCGAUCCAGGUUGACGAUGUUAUUUCUUUCAGACAGCUCUCUAAGAAGAAUGCCGGAGAAUCUGCUGAUGUGAUCGAGCUUGACCUUGAAAAGGCAACCGGUGGUGACGGCGCCGUCGAAGAUGUCGCAUCUAAACUCAGCCGGGUCGUUCAGCUUACUGGUUUCUCGGACCCAGUCUACGCCGAAGCUUAUGUCAAGGUGCACCAGUUUGAUAUUGUUCUCGAUGUUUUGUUGGUCAACCAAACCGCCGAUACGCUUCAGAAUCUCACUGUCGAAUUCGCAACUCUGGGUGACCUCAAAGUGGUAGAGAAGCCAACGACUCAGAGCCUUGCCCCUCACAGCUUCCAGAGCGUGCAGGCGACAAUCAAGGUCUCCUCGACUGACCAGGGUGUGAUCUUUGGAAAUGUUGUCUAUGAUGGUGCUAGCUCGACAGAGACCAACGUUGUGAUCUUGAACGAUGUGCAUGUGGAUAUUAUGGAUUAUAUCCAGCCAGCCACCUGCACAGAGACCCAAUUUAGAUCGAUGUGGACGGAAUUUGAGUGGGAGAACAAGGUCAACAUCAACUCCAAGGCGCCCACACUUCGAGAAUUCCUGAACCAGCUUAUGGCAGCUUCGAAUAUGAACUGUCUGACACCUGAAGCUUCAUUAAAGGGUGACUGUCAGUUCCUCAGCGCCAACCUCUAUGCUAAGAGCGUUUUCGGUGAGGAUGCACUUGCAAACCUGAGCGUAGAGCAAGACGGAGAGGGGGGGCCAAUUACCGGGUUUGUGAGAAUCAGAAGCAGAUCCCAAGGCCUAGCGCUCAGCCUAGGGUCGCUCAAGGGAUUAAGCAAAGUCGGGGUUGGAGCAUGA